UUAGUAGAAGGUGAAAAUGCUGACAAAAUCCGUGUACUGUAAAAUUGGCACUGGCGAUCAAAGCCGAUGUAAAAAAAUUAAAUUUGAUAAAGAUGAAAGUGCUAGCGAUUGCCAAAGUAUAAAAGAAGCACUUUUAAAAUGUGCUGAAAAAGAUAAAGCUCUCAAUAUUAUGUUUGAAAAUAAAUAUUUAGUUCUACAACAAGAAAAUCAGAAAAUUAAACAGAACUGCGAUCUCGAUUCACAAGAAUCUGUAGAAAAUGAGAGUGUCUUAAAUGUCUUAUUAAUUUCAAUUCAACACUCAGAUGCCAAACCUGUCGAAAUUUCGACAUUAUGUGAUUACAAAAUUCUAGCAACGUUCGAUGAUCCUGUAAUUAAAGAAAAUACCUUCGAUAAAACUCCCUUGAAAGAAUUGAUUAAGGUUGAGCAAGUACUUGAUAAUCCCAUUCCGUCUUCUUCAAAAUCAAAGGGACCUAUCUUUCAAACGCCUAGAGUUAACUAUCCGGCAGAAUUGCCAUCAUUACCAACACAUUUGAAAAAAAUAAAAGCCGAUGAUAAAGUGUAUGAAUCCCAGGCACCAUUUAUAUUCUUGUGGUCUACGCAUCUAGAAUCUUUAACCGAUUGUAUGCCAACGAAAAUAGAACUUUUUAACUAUUGUAAGACGAUCGUCGAUAGUUUUCCUGAGUUAAAAGGUGGCGAAAAGAAUGAUUUCGAUGUUCUGAAGAAUCAGAUAUCGACAGCAAUUCGAAAUCGACGAUAUCAGCGAAAAAUAAAAUUAAAUAAAUCUAAAAAAACUCAAAAUAAUUCAGUUUCGGCUUCUACGCCUACAAAAAAAAUUAAAUUAUCUAGCGAAACUGAUAGCAAUGAAGCUAUGGCAGCUUUAAAAAAAUGCUCUGCCAGUGACGAAUCUAAUCACGCGCAAAGGUUGCUGAGAGAAACCUAUUUUCAACGAAGGGAAUGGAUUGAAAAUGAAUCGAAGAAUGUGCGGGAUAUUAUUAUAGAAUAUCCUUGGCUUGAAUCAUAUGCAUCAAUUAUACUUGACUUUUCUCUUCUCCGGGACAAAACCGAAAUUUCAUUACGUGAUUCAGUAGAUAAAAUGAUAGGAAAUGUGGCAAUUUUUUUUGACAUAAAGAUUGAAAGUGAAGUACAUAAAAUUCAAGCUGUUCAAAAACUUCAUGAAAAUUUGAUGGUAGCAAAAGUUAGUAAAUUAAAUGAACCAUUCAUCACAAUUGAAGAGGCAGGAAGGGAUACGUCAAGUUUAUUAACGGCUCCAAAUUCUGCACCAAGGAUUGUCAUCUACACUGCGGAGGGCAGAUUUGCUGAGGUCUUCGUUGUCUGCGAUGGGGCCCGAGUUAAGCUUGCAGAACCCAAUGCAACAAAAGCUACUUUAUUGUUAUUUAGCGUCUACUACGUAUGGAAUUGCGUAUAUCCAACUGGUUAUUUCCAUACGUUGCAGUAUUUUGAUUAUGCAAUCUUGGGCCUUUCACAUGCGAAAAAUAACCGAAUUUCAAAGUUCAUUCGUGAUUUCGAGUAUAAGUUAAACAAGUUCCAAGUUAAACAAACGUGAUGUGUUGUUUGUAAUUUUAGUUUUUCUUAAAUGAAAUAUUUUAAGGAUUUUAUUUUUUUAUUUAAUUUAAUGAUAAAA